AUGUCUUCGCGGCUGAACGUAGAAGGAGACGGAUCACCUUCGACAUCACCGAAACGAUUGCGAAUUGCUGAUGGAAACGAAAGUGAUGGGGAUUCGGUGGCAAAUUCAAUUGUUAUGGAGCAGCAGGGUAACCGUCCUCCAUUCACUCGAGCCCACAAAAUAGUGAGAGAUCCGGAACGAUUUCAUCUUCUCAUCGGAGUGACCGGAUCUGUAGCUACAAUCAAACUUGCCGAAUUGAUCAAGAAACUUCACGAAACAAGCCCACCGGGGAAACUUUUUAUAAAGGUAGUGGCGACUCAAUGUGGACUGAGAAUGGUGGAGACAAUUGAGGAAGAAAUGGCCGACAUUGAAGAAAUCAUUUAUGAUGACAGAGAUGAGUGGUCGAUGUGGAGAGAAAGAGGAGACCCUGUACUGCAUAUUGAACUUCGAAAAUGGGCUGAUGCGCUUUUGAUUGCCCCACUCGAUGCGAACACUCUUGCCAAAAUUGCUAAUGGACUUUGUGAUAAUCUUCUCACAUCGAUUGUUAGAGCAUGGGAUUCGGAAAAGCCACUAUAUUUUGCUCCAGCGAUGAAUACGAUGAUGUGGGCAAAUCCCAUCACGCAUCAACAUCGAAAAGUUCUACAGGAAUUUUUCCAGUACAAAGAAAUUCAACCAAUUUCAAAGAUGUUGAUGUGCGGAGAUACUGGAGCGGGUGGUAUGGCAACGGUUCAGAUGAUUGCCACUGUAAUGAGUCAAAUGGUGCGAAAUCGAUUUGCCGUCUACUCACCAGUUGUA